CGUAAAGAAGGCAAAGGAAACUGCUGCUCUUUCGUGUGAAUGCACAGGGAACGUCUAGUAGCGAAACCGGUUCAGCUCAUUUAACAUUUAGCUAGAAUUUCUAUAUUUAUUACCAGUAAACCAGGUGGACGACCAUGGCUUCGGGAGGGGAAUCCAAAAAUGAUGACCUACAAACUGCUAUUCUGAAGCAAAAGAGCAGACCCAACAGACUGAUUGUUGAUGAAUCCAUCAAUGAAGACAACAGCGUGGUCUCUCUUUCUCAGGCCAAGAUGGACGAACUGCAGCUCUUCCGUGGCGACACAGUUCUGAUGAAGGGGAAGAAGAGGCGGGAGACGGUGUGCAUCGUGCUCUCAGAUGACACCUGCUCCGACGAGAAGGUCCGGAUGAACAGGGUGGUCCGCAACAACCUGAGGGUCCGUCUUGGUGACGUCAUCAGCAUUCAGCCUUGUCCUGAUGUGAAGUACGGAAAGAGGAUUCAUGUCCUCCCUAUAGACGACACCGUGGAGGGAAUCACUGGCAACCUGUUUGAAGUCUACCUGAAGCCAUACUUUCUGGAGGCUUACAGACCGAUCCGCAAAGGUGAUAUUUUCCUGGUCAGAGGUGGCAUGAGAGCCGUGGAGUUCAAGGUAGUGGAGACCGAUCCAUCCCCCUACUGCAUAGUUGCUCCCGACACAGUCAUUCACUGCGAGGGUGAGCCGAUCAGGAGAGAGGAUGAGGAGGAGUCCCUGAAUGAAGUGGGCUAUGAUGACAUUGGAGGAGUUAGGAAGCAGUUGGCUCAGAUCAAAGAGAUGGUGGAGCUGCCUCUCAGACAUCCUGCACUGUUCAAGGCCAUUGGAGUCAAGCCCCCACGUGGCAUUCUGCUAUAUGGACCACCUGGAACUGGAAAAACCUUGAUUGCCAGGGCUGUGGCCAACGAAACAGGAGCUUUCUUUUUCCUAAUCAACGGCCCUGAGAUCAUGAGUAAGCUGGCUGGAGAGAGUGAGAGUAACCUGAGAAAGGCCUUUGAGGAAGCAGAGAAGAAUGCUCCUGCCAUCAUCUUUAUUGAUGAACUUGAUGCAAUUGCUCCAAAGAGAGAGAAGACUCAUGGAGAGGUGGAGAGGCGCAUAGUUUCCCAGCUGCUGACUCUUAUGGACGGCCUGAAACAGAGAGCUCAUGUGAUCGUCAUGGCAGCCACCAACAGACCCAACAGCAUUGAUCCAGCUCUCAGGAGAUUUGGACGCUUUGACAGAGAAGUGGACAUUGGCAUUCCUGAUGCGACCGGCAGGUUGGAGAUUCUGCAGAUUCACACCAAGAACAUGAAACUAGCCGACGAUGUUGACUUGGAACAGGUGGCCAAUGAGACCCACGGCCACGUCGGUGCGGAUCUGGCGGCUCUCUGCUCCGAGGCUGCCCUGCAGGCCAUUAGGAAGAAGAUGGACCUGAUCGACCUGGAGGACGAGACUAUUGAUGCUGAAGUCAUGAAUUCUCUUGCCGUUACCAUGGACGACUUCAAGUGGGCUCUGAGCCAGAGCAACCCAUCAGCUCUGAGGGAGACGGUUGUUGAGGUUCCCAAUAUCACCUGGGACGAUAUUGGAGGUCUGGAAGAUGUCAAGAGAGAGCUGCAGGAGCUGGUGCAGUACCCUGUGGAGCAUCCAGACAAGUUCCUGAAGUUUGGCAUGACCCCAUCCAAGGGUGUGCUUUUCUACGGUCCUCCUGGUUGUGGUAAGACUCUGCUGGCCAAAGCCAUUGCCAAUGAGUGCCAGGCAAACUUCAUCUCCAUCAAAGGACCUGAACUGCUCACCAUGUGGUUUGGAGAAUCUGAGGCUAAUGUCAGAGAGAUCUUCGACAAGGCUCGUCAGGCUGCUCCGUGUGUCCUCUUCUUCGACGAGUUGGACUCCAUAGCUAAGGCUCGCGGCGGCAACGUUGGCGACGGCGGCGGAGCUGCGGACCGUGUGAUCAACCAGAUCCUGACCGAGAUGGACGGCAUGUCGAGCAAGAAGAACGUCUUCAUCAUCGGCGCCACCAACAGACCAGACAUCAUCGACCCGGCCAUCCUGAGACCUGGCCGUCUGGAUCAGCUCAUCUACAUCCCCCUGCCAGACGAGAAGAGCAGGAUCAGCAUCCUGAAGGCCAACCUGCGCAAGAGUCCCAUCAGCAAGGAUGUGGACUUGGACUUCUUGGCUAAGAUGACCAACGGCUUCUCCGGCGCUGAUCUCACAGAGAUCUGCCAGCGGGCCUGUAAGCUCGCCAUCCGAGAGAGCAUCGAGAACGAGAUCCGCAGAGAACGGGAGAGGCAGACGAACCCAUCGGCCAUGGAGGUAGAAGAGGACGACCCCGUGCCAGAGAUCAGGAAGGACCACUUUGAAGAAGCGAUGCGGUUUGCCCGUCGCUCUGUCAGCGACAACGACAUCCGCAAAUACGAGAUGUUUGCUCAGACACUGCAGCAGAGCCGAGGCUUUGGCAGCUUCAGGUUUCCCUCCAGCGCUGCAGGAGGCAGCGGUCCAAGUCACAGCUCUGGUGGAACUGGUAGUGGUCCAGUGUUCAACGAAGAUAAUGACGAUGAUCUUUAUGGAUAAAUGCCUACUGCCCCACAGUGGUUGGUCCUGGGAUCACACCUGUACAAAUUCUCACCAGAUUCCACAUUUUUAGGACUUUGUGCUUCUUUCAUGUGUUCCCUUUCUUUUUUUUCUUUUUUUUUUUCUUUUUUUGUCUUUAUUUUGUA